AUGUCACAGACAUCGAGUCGACCCCCGUCUGAGGCCAAUAACAGAGCCUAUUGGUUCGCGAGUGCACCCAAACAAGAGGCUGAUAUAAUGGCCACUUCUACCACAGCUACCGGUGCUAACCAUAGCCGAGAUGAAGACGAUGUUAGAGAUAACUCUAAGUGUUUGUGCGCUGAUAUGUGUCCCAACUCUCAGAGGGAACAACACUUAUAUACCGAUAAUAAC